AUGUUCGGCAAGUAUAAUAGGCAGUUUGUAUCAUAUGCAAAGAUUGUAGCGGUUAUUGCCUUGUCAGUUAUCCAUCUCGGUGUAGCGGCAGGAAUUAUUGCUAAAGUGCAGCAGUAUGGCGAUUUUUUUCAACAACAAUUAGGCUUAUGUGGUUUUAAUAUUGUAAUAAGUCUUCUGGGUCUUCUUGUGGGUGGAUUUGGAGCAUUUGCCGUGUUUACCAAACGUGGAGUAUUAGCAAAAAUAGUUGCUGGCGCUUCAUUCGUCUUGGUCUUAUUUGCUUUGGCUUCACUAAUUGCAGCUCUUGUUAUAAACGGCAAUUCGAUAGGUGAACUCGAUGACAGCUUUAAUAACUAUAUGGUAGGUAUAGUAGUGUCUUAUAAGACACUUGUUUUUAUAUCCCUGUUAGAUAACGCAAGAACCGUGAUGGACAGAGUACAAAGUCAAUACCAGUGUUGUGGCGAAUUCAUUUGGACAGACUGGUAUUUUUUUCUUCAACGCACCUCGAUUGCCACUGGUAGUAAUAACAACAACGAUAAUAGUGGGCAGAACGGAGGACCCGUUGGACCUGGACGCCGUCGCCGUACGCCACUUGCACAUGGCAUUCACAAACGUCAGAGUAACUAUGGUAACAUUGAGAAUUGGAUUGGAUCUUAUACUAUCGAUCUGCCAGCAUCUUGUUGUACAACUACAUCCUCCGUACCAAGUGGUCUAGGAACAGGAUGCCAGUUGACAUCGUCGAGUAAUACAGAUUUCAACACCAAUGGUUGUUUGUAUAAAUUGGCUAGUUUAGCUGCACAGGAAACAAUGGGUAUUGGCAUAAUAAAUUGUUUUCUUAUUGUCGUUGCCCUUUUUGCAAUAUCGAGCUUAUAUGAAAUAUUUCCAGAUCACUUUGCAAAGAAUGAAAUGAAGAAGAUCGAUUAUAACGACGGAACUAUACACGAAUAUGGAAUAAAUUAUUCCAACGGAUGGCCACAAAAUGCUUAUGCCAAUAACGGAUAUUAUACACCGAAAGAUCCUUACUCAUUUGUACAGCGUUAUUAA